AUGGCGGUCGUCGACCGACCAGCCCCGACAGUGAACACCGGGUUCGCGAGCAUCAAAUCGAUCAACAUCGAAUUCAAGGACGUCAGCUCUAGGGUCUGGAGCAUCAACUACUCCUUGCCUGUAUUUUUGGAUUUUUCGAUAUCUCGUCGUCGUCGGUGGUCGACGAUAAACGGCUGUGUCCACUACCACUCGUAUGCAACAUCAAGAUAUAUCGCCUUGCAUGAACGGGCGAUAAUAUCUCCCACGGUCUCGAGGGUGUCUGGGCCAGCCACAGUCUCUGUUCGACCAGACCCGCAGCACGUUGGAUUGUGGCGCUCGACCCUGCGCCCCCGUCCCACCACCCCACCACACGUCGGAUCGAACUUCAAACCCUGGCUACGAAGCUCAAGCCCCCUUGGGAGAACCGCGUGGUCUGCCUCGUCUCAUCGCUGCGUCUUGCUGCCGGGCUGGAUUGAGCUUGUAACAGCAUGUGUUGGCCGGCCCAUCAAAACACAAACCCGCAUAACUCACGCAAACCGUGCCCCCCCGGUCCCAGGUUUUGAUGCUGCAACCCCCCAGCCGCCCGCUGCGCCCGGGCCAAGCGCCGUGUUGCUGUCUGGUCUGGUGUCAGUUUUCGGCCACUCCCAACCCUGAACACCUUUUCCUCUUUAUCUUUGUCAAUAUAUAACUUUCUUGUCCUUCUGUUUUCAUCAAAAAACGAUUUCGCGCCGGUAACUCAGUGGUAGAGUGUAGGAUUGCAGCUCAGUGCA